AUGGCUGCUCUAGCAAUACAAUUUGCAACAGUUAUGACAUUGCUUCUAGUGUUGUUAAUCAAAAUAGAGGGGGGUCAUUCGGUUUCAAUCCCAAAUGAUGAAUUGAACAAAAAUUCCAUCAAUAGUGUGGCUGAGGAAGUUGGUAUGAAUGAAGAAUCACUUGAUUGCACUACAAGACCAUGGAUAUGUAGCACCAGAACAUUUCCACCAAGAAGUGUAUGUUGUGGAAACCGAUGUGUGGAUAUUGCAAAAGAUAUAAACAAUUGUGGAAUAUGUGGUGUAACUUGUCCACUUAAUUGGCAAUGUUGUAAUCGUUUAUGUGUAAACACAAAUUUAAGUCCUUUGAAUUGUGGUGGAUGUGGAAGGAUAUGUCCUAUUGGAAGGUUAUGUCGAUCUGGUGUGUGUGCUGCUACUUUUGCCAAUCCAGCUCUACCCCCACUUCUUCCUCCAACAAAGUAA